AUGGGGGACGCAGUGGCAAAGAGUUUGGACAACCAAGAGUUCUGCUCUGGCAAGAUGGGGCCUCACCUGAUAAAGCAGAGCAAGGGUCCCAUCUCUCUGAGCAAAACCGCGGAUACCGGCUGCCUGCCACACCAGCCAAUGCGCGUUACCUGGUUUGGCUUCUUCGCGGAUAAGCGACUGGCAGGUCACCUAGCUCAAGACGAAUGGCUUCCCAAUGGAGAUUCAGCUUUGCACAUCGCCUCGCGUGAUGGUCUCACAGAAGCAGUCCGCGAGAUUUGCGAAAAUGGCUUUACGGAGAUCAAUGCCUUGAAUGUUGAGGGCCUGUCCCCACUUCACCUGGCCGCAAGAAAUGGUCACAUAGAUGUUGUUCGCCUAUUAUGCUUGCAUGGAUGCGAUAUCAAGCAACGAAGUGCUGAAGGAAUUACAGCUGAAGUUGCUGCAUAUGCACAGGGGUAUGGGUACAUUGGAGAGCUGCUCGGGAAACUACACAAUAAACACCAAUUGGACGUGUUCAUUGGCGACUUACGAGAAGAUUUCCAAAACCCGUCUCCGGUGCUGAAAAUGAAGCUUCUUGGGUCGAGCGGAGUAGGAAAAUCCACGCUGGUUGAAACUCUGAAAACUGGCUAUAUUGCAUCCUGGUUCAGAAGGAGUAAAUCGGCGGGUUCUGCAUUCGGUUUGGGUUUGAAUCAUUCUUUCAAAAAAGCCUGGAAACACGAUGAGCAGACGUCGGGAACAUGGGUUUCUGUGGAUUCUGAGGGUACAAUGAGUCCAAAAAAUGGCAAGAAGGAAAAAUGGUGGCAUGGGAACGGAAAACAUGGUGGUAGACAGCGAUGUAAUACUGCUGAUUCAAAUACAACAAACACGACUGGGGAUUCAAGCAAAACAUUCUCAUCAGUCUGCAUGUUGGAGAAAACAUCUAGUGUGUCCCUGUCAUUUGACUAUUUCCACGAUUACUACACCCGUGGAGUUUCUAUGGAGAAUGUGAAACUCUCAGGAGGAGGCGAAUGGAGUGUCUGGGAUUUUUCUGGACAAGAGUGCUACUUUGUAUCGUACGAUCUCUUUCUGGGUAGCUCACAGUGCGUUCAUCUUGUGUUGUUUGAUGCAUCUCAAAGCCUCUCUGUGGCGUACCAUCAAACAAAUUUUUGGUUGUCGUUUUUGCGCGCUCGACUUCCGAUUCGGCGACCGUGGGGUCAUGGGGGGCGUUCUGUGCGAGCUGCUUCAGUGAUUUUAGUUGGAACACACACUGAUCUCAUUGGGAACACCUCUGCGUCUUUCCGAAGUCAUCACCAGACCAGAUCGCAGUGUCAUCUCAGCCAGGAGUGUUCGGAGGGCGUGGAGAGUAUGCGAGAAAAAUUGGAAAAGAACCACGGCCAAGCGUUGGACAUAUUCCCAAAGGUGUUCCUUUUGGACUGCCAUGCAGCCUCGUCACAGGGUGUGAAAGAGCUCAAGGCUACCCUGGCUCUCUUGGGAAAUCAGUUGUGUGAAGAAGUGAAGACGGUGAACGGAUUCCUGAUGUCCACGCUGGAAGUUUUGAAAGAGGUCGAUUCUGAGCUGGACUGCGAAUCCAGCUCCAUUCUGUCGAGGAGAUUGAGUUACACGAGUGCAACUGGCCGCCAUUCAUCUAGACGAGGGUCAUCGGCGUCUCUUGGUGGGUUUCCAGUGCUCCCAUGGACUGCGUUUUUAGAAUUCAUUCGAUCCAAAGUGAACCCUUUGUCUCUGGAAAGUCACGUGGAAAAAUUGGUGCGGCAGUUGCAGCUUAUGGGUCGACUUGUUGUGUUGGAUUCUCCGCGUUCUCGUGCAGUCGGUUGGCCGCAGGAAGCUGAUGUUUGCUGGGAAGAAAUGGGUGAGGCUGAAGAAGACUCUUCGUUGGUCGUGCUCAGUCCUCAGUGGCUUGGAGGUGAAGUCAUUGGGCGGCUGCUUUCUCUCGAGUUCCGAGGCAUUGCGAGGCCUAGUGGCGUUUACUCACUUGAUGAUUUCACGGCAAGUUUCACGUGUUCUGCAUCUCAAAGAGAUAUGAUACCUUUGUUGGAGGCUCUGCAGCUUUGCAACCAAGUUUUGGUAUUGCCUGAAAGAUCUCCGACGAUUCAUCGUACCCGGAGCACCGCCGUCGACCUGGAGGGCAUUCCGGAAAAACUAGCUCAGAAUCAACCGGAAGAAGACGUUGGUGACGAAUUUGAUCGCUUUUUCUCGCAGUCAAAUGCGUGUCGAACAAAUGCGCUGCCGUGUUUGAUGCGGAGCGUGAGUGGAGAGGAUACUGGCAGUGACGGAGCAGAUGUGGCAGAGCCGGAAGUUGAGGUUGAAUUUCCUUCAUUCAAUCUGUUGGACCGAGAGGAUUGUUUGUGUGUUGAGGAUUUAUGGCGGGACGAGGCGAUGGUUUCUCCGCAUUUUGUGGUAUGUGGAAUGCGUCUGCGUCCACCGGCUCCUUCCCUUAAUCCCUUUUUUCUGCACAUCUUCGCCAAAGUGCAGGUUGCUUUGCGUUGGCAUUUCGAAGAAGAACGGGAAUGGGAGCGUUUGGAAGACGCCAUGGAUAACGUUGCCCUGAUGCGAAUGCGAACCAUAUCCUCCAACGGCGACGUGCGGCAUUGUUGGCUCGAGACUGCUUCGGAUAUCGACGCUGGUGAAGUGUUACCUAUUGAAAGUGACGAGAGUGUGACGAUGGUCGAAGGUUUUCCUCUGCGACUGCGACAAUGGUCUCUGGGCUCACGACUGGAUAAGAAGUUCAACUCGUGCUUCGUGUGCUUGAGACAGGACGGGGUCGGGGAUUACUUGGAUAUUUACACUCGGGGACCGAGGGAUGAUCCGUGGGAUGUGUUUGUGACACAGCAUAGGGUGUACGCCUUGGUUUUGAGGAUCCUGUACGUGAUCUGCCCAGGGGUGUGUAUGGAGACUCAUCUUCUGUCGAUGGACCAGCAAACCGUGAAUGCCCUGCCACCCGUCUUUGCUCCUGAACCGCAUCCCCCGCUGCAAGUGGCCCGAUGUCUGCUGGACGUUCGUAACGGCAGUGAAUCAAACGACGCAUCGAAACCCACGACGGCUACAACGACGACGACGGGAUUGGACGUCAAGGCCCUGUUGUGUUUCGGGAGUCAGCGGGUGUUCGACCAAGUCGAGUGGUUACCGGAUUUGCCGGUUUCGUCACUGCCCGACCCGUUGGUGUUGCAGGUUGCCGGGUUGCUGGAUCCCCCGGAUCCUGCUGGACGGGACUGGGCUUUGCUUGCGCUGCAAAUGAACUUGGGAGACAAGCAGAUUACGGCUGAAAGCGCGAGGGAUGCGGCCGCGCAAGAUUUGUGGGAAAAAUUCCAGCACGCAGCGAACCCAGCUGGUCGACGGAAAAGCAUCAACCUAUUCUGCUUGAAUGCCUGUGGACGCACAGAGUCCGUGACAUCGAAUUGCGAGCCGGGAUGCGUUUGUUGUUCAACGCCGCACGCAUCCGGGAAAAGAUCGGCUCAUUGCGACCGGAGCCACGCGACGGAAGAUUCGAGCAACACUGCGACGCUUUUGCAGUUGUGGCAAUGUGCUGCUCCACUUGAUGCGACAAUCGGUAAUUUUGUGAAGAAGUUGUGGGCAAUCGAACGACAGGAUGUGGCGGACAUGGUUAUGCGACUUGCACCCCUCUAUAGAAUGAAGGACACAAACGGAACUAUUUUCACAAAUUUGGGCUCCAAGAAAAAGCCGCCAACUUGAACGAUUUCCGGGCUAUGAUCAGUGCAGUAUUUCCGAGCUCAGAAUUGCGUCACUUGUACGGGUAUCAGCUCGCCGGAAAGGAUGUCGAGCUUCGUACAAACAUUUCCGGCGUGUCAUUCGUUUUUUUGGCGUCAUCUUUUUUUGGAAUGUUUCGAGCUUUAGGAACCGGUUGCAUUAGAGUUUUCAAUGUCGAACGAUCUCAUUUUUUUGCUGUGACCCGUGAAGGCGACAAUUUUUCGGGAAUUCGCUCGCUUCAAGUAUUGAUUGAUUGGCGAUACAUGAGCUUUUUAAUCUCUGGUUGCAAUAUUCGUUGAUGGAAGCAAUGGGGAAUUGGAUGGCGCGAUUGAUUGAUGGAUUGCAUACGCUGUUCUCGUUUCGAAAUUUUUCUCGGAGAGUGUCAUCUCUAAGGCUAUGUUUCUUUUUUUUUCCGGCCUAUGCUGAGGAAAUUAAAACCUUGGAAUCAUCACGUAGGAAACCGAGCAUCGAUUGAAGGAGAUUUUUGAAAUGUUAGCCUUUUUCUCUUCGUAUCAGAUCACCAAUUUUCGGUGUGCCAAAGCAACUUACGAAAGAAUUUUUUGCCUUUUUAUCGGUGUUCAACCUAACCAGAUGCGUUGCGUCAGCGUUUCAUCACGAGGAAUUGUGCUCGUGAAGCUGCAGUGCGUGGCCAACAAUCCUGGAAAAACCUGUGAAACAUGAAACAUUGGAACCAUUGGCCUUUCGGUGUUUUUUCCCUUCGGUUUUUUCCUCGAUUCAAUAAAAGAGAAGAGAGACCUUCGAA